CCAAUAUUUGAGGAUGUUUCCAUCAUAAUUAUUCUAUUAUAGCAUAGCUACAGUUUACGAGAUGUUGUUCCUCAUUAUAACUCUUAUUACAACUAUUUCAGCUACAGAUAAUGGCACUGGAAGUAUUUCCCUUCCAUCUGCUAACAUUCACCCUCCAGAUUCUUUCAUUCCUAUCAGCAGCCAGUCCAUUGAGCUAAAUUGUACUGGGGUAGGAGUACUUCGAUGGUACAGAGGUUACAAUUUUGAUGCACCUCUUGACAAAUUGACUCAGAUUCUUGAAGAGGGUAUACUAUCAUUAAAGAUUAACCUAACUGAAGAUGGAUACAGUAAAGGCUUGGAUGACAGAAAUUGUUCUUAUUUUUGCACUGCUACUAAUACAUUUGGUGUGGCUAGAAGCAGAGCAGUACAGACAGCAUAUUUUAAAGGUUUUGGUGACAUUGAUAAUACAAUUGUCAUAGUUAAACUGAAUGAAGCAGUGGCUCUAUUCUGUAAUGUGACACAGCGACCUGUGCCUACCAUUGUAUGGUAUAAGAAUGAUAAAAUCAUAGUGCCUGAUGCAGCCAGUGCUACAAGUCCUAAGUAUACACUAUUAGAUGAUGGACAGUAUUUAGUUAUAUAUAAUUUGGUUGAUGAUGAUGUAGCUGCUACAUAUAAAUGUGGUGUUACUAAUGUUGUUAAUCCACAGAAUUCAAGUUACAAGUAUACAUUGAAUAAAGUCAAUACAAUACCUGGUGGGUUUUUAGUAUAUCGUCCUCCGAUUGCCAAUCAGUUUGUUGCACCUCAUCAAGAUGUUUCAUUUUAUUACAUUGCUGCAACUAAUCCCAGUGGUAAUGGAAAUGGUGGUACACAAGUUGCUGCUGCUGGAACUAUUGCUAAACCUAUAGCAACAGAUCAUUACUUGCUUAGAGUAAGGCUCAAUAAUGAAGGAGCAUCAAGGUCUAGUCUUAUUUUGUUUUUAACUCAUAAUGGUAUUACAGUUCAUGGUUCUAUGUUAGAAGUAGCAUAUACUGUUGUAGAGCCACUUGCUGUCACACAACUUUCUAUGAUAGCAAAUUCUACAUUAUUUCAUCGAUUUGAAUCAGAAAGCAUCAUCUUUAAUUGUGCAGCUACUGGUACUAAUAUUACAUUAAGGUGGUACUUCAAUGGACUACCAUUGAUUAAUGACAAGAAUACACUUGUACUAACUGAUCUCUCAGCAUCUAAUGUAGGAGUAUAUCAAUGUUUCUGGGAUGGAGUCUUUGAUACAGAUAAGGAGUCUAUCUCCUGGGCUCUGCAAGUAUUACCUAAUUCCAGUCCUACCAAAGAUGUCAGAGCCUUGUCACAUGAAGCUUUCACUGGAAUUUUGUAUGGUGUUGAUUUGCUGCUAAUAGUAGUGAUAGUGGUUAUUAUUGUUGCUGUCUUUUUAUACAUCAGAAAAAGGCUAUGUAAUUACAAAUCUGCUACUACUAAUGAAGAAGAUGAGCCACAGGCAGCACAAAAUGAAGCAUAUGGUAUACGUGAUGAAUUUAUGAACCAAGAAUCUAUAAUCACAGAAGACAAUGAAUCUUAUGAGUCACUUUCCUUUUCUCCUCCUCCUCCUCCCCCUCCCCCUCUUCCUCCUCCUCUUCCUGCUUCUAUUCAAACGUAAUACAAAUCACAGAGACAUUCGUCUAAUUAUUUUUGAUAGUAACUUAUUUGUUCAGUGUUCAUUUUUGCAUUAAAAGUUAUUCAUUAUUGGUUUAUUGUAAUGCUGAA